GCCCUGCAAGUCAGCCGUGAAACCGCGACGCCCGUCAGCGACCCCCUUCCUCAUGUUCUCCUUUCCGUUUAUGCAUUUUGGAUUGUCGACCAACGCCAAUUGUCGCCCAGGACCAAGGAUAUAGACCGACGCACUAGUGCGAGAUAAUCAUAGUUUGUUGUCGAGUAUUGGUUGCGCUUGGAAUUCCGACGACGACUUCCGCCCUUCUGUGCCACGCAUCCGCAGCCCCGACCACCUAUACGCGAAUCCUCGAGCCGACCCCGGCGAAAUCACGACAGACCAAGGGGAGGGGCAGGGGAAGUCCAAUCGAAUCGACGCCGGGCCCAAGCCCUGGGCAUCGAUUCCUCCCAAAUCCCAAGAACCUAGGCUUAGCCGCACCAGAAGCCAGCCUACCCCGCGCGCGCCGAUGCGGGCACGUCUCCCGCGAUGCAGCUGACCCCUCUGCAGUCGCGACUGGCGGCGUCGCUGCUCGCCUCGUGCGCCCUGCUGCUCCUCUACUUCACCCUCUUCUCGCCCAACUUCGCCCUCGCCCACGAGAUCCUCCCGGCCCAGCCGCCAUUACCGGACGCCGACGCCGCCGGGACGCACAGCGGUGACAGCGGUGCCCUCAGGGUCAGGCACGCGGCGGUCGAGUACGAGCCCAUGUUUCCCGGUUUCGACAGGAGCAUAAUCGGGAGGGCGCCGCCGCCGGGGAUUUCUGCGCUCCAGAACAAUGUUCCGGGCAAGGGCGAGAUCCUGCCGGGGACGAACAAGGUUUUUGUCUUUGAGAGGGCGUCUAUACAAGGGAGGGAGCGACACAUGGAGCUGCGGAGGGACCAACUGGGCGGGACCCAGGGGGAGCCCUCGGAGCUGGAGAACAGGGGCGUGAACCCGGCCACCGCCGGGGAGGAGCAGGCAAACGCCGUCCAGAGGCGCCAGCAGGGGACCCGGACCGUCUACAUCUCGGCCAACACGUGCAUGCAGCCGCGGCCCCGGGCCGACGCGACGCAGCUGGAGCCGCCGCAGCUCACCAUGUACCUCUCGUCGACGAGUCCGGGCGCCGAGGGCGUGAAGCCCGCCUCCCCGGACGACAAGGGCACGUGGCACGUCUUCAACGAGGGCGCCGUCAUGGUCAACGUCAGCUCGUCCGAGGACAUUUUUGUGCAGCUGACAGCCCCGACACUCAGGGAGAACACCUUCGACGGCGCCUACAGCUUCGAGGUUGCGGCCUCGGUCGAUGCGUCGUACCAUGCCUACGAAGACCGGGCCCCGGGCGAGCGCUCGUCGCCGUCGUCGGCGACCGACCUGGUGUGGGUGGACAGCGACGACUCCAACGCGGUCCUCAUUGCGCGCGACCUGGGCGCGCAGCCCGCCGGCGGCGGCGAGAAGAUGCCCUUCGUCGUGUUUGCAAACCAGGGGAGCGACCGGUCCAUCAGUGGCGUGCGAUACUCCUUCUGCGGCCUGCAGACGUACGCGCAGAUCGCGGGGAUCAAGGACGGGACGAACUCGAGCUUUGUGCGCACCAGCAUGUACGGCGGCGGAUCGGGGAGUGCGUCCAAGCAGCAGUUCCACCUUUCCGGCCUCCGGGCGGGCACAAACUACAGCACCAUCUUGGCUAGGGCGCCGCAGAGCAACUCUCCCGGCGGCGGCGGGCUGGUCUUUCGGGCCACAAAUUUCACCACCCGGCAACAAGAUCAAGCAAGCAGCUGCAUGCUCAUCAGCGGUCUCACGUUUUGCAACAAGGUCACGUAUUCGGUCCCAGCCAACAGGGCCAAGUUCAAUGCUCAAGAGCUCGCCAAUGCGUACGACAACCACGUACAGGGAGUCUACGAGAACUUCCGGAAGGCGCUUGCGCAGAUACAGUGCGUGACGGAGCCGACGUCAAAAUACUCGCUGACCCGCUCCUGCGAGGACUGCGACGGGGCCUACAGGGACUGGCUCUGCGCCGUCUCGAUCCCGCGCUGCGAGGACUUUUCGUCCACCAAGAAGUGGCUGCACCCGCGCAAUGUCAACAGCUCGCUGCCCGACGGCCGCAACCUGACAAACGGUGACCUGGACGGCACGGUCACGUUGGAGCAGCGGCAGAUGAAGGCAUACGCGGGGUCGCGCAACGCCUUCAUUGACACGGUGAUCCAGCCGGGCCCUUACAAGGAGCUCCUGCCGUGCUCGGACCUCUGCUUCGACCUAGUGCAGAGCUGCCAUCCAAAGCUCGGGUUUGGCUGCCCGACCGACAACUCGCGCCACAAUUACAACUCCAGCUAUCACCACAACGAGACGGCACCCGGCGGGGGGUUCAAGUGCAAUUUCCCCGAGGACAGCCACUUUGUGCGGGCCUGGGCCAGGCACGCCAACUGGCCCAACUCGUCGCCCGUGGCGGCCGCGGCCGGCCCGCUGGCGCAGGUGCUGCUGUACGGGGCCGCGGCCGGCCUGGGGCUGGCGUUGAUGUAGAGCAAAUGCCGGCCCUCGGGCCUCGCCGGCCUCGCGCGGCGCACGGUCGUCAUGGCGAGGCGUUGGUCCGGGUGGAGGCUUGUGGAUGACUGUGUUGGGGGUUGGUAGAAUACGUCUGUUCUAAUUUCAUUGUAUUACUGGCUUUCUUGGGUUUGUUGGCUUGCUUGGUGUCUUGCUUCGUGAUUUGUACCUUUACAUCCUGGUGUUGGGAGAGGUGUCUGUCCUUUCACUUUUAUUCCUUUUGGGGGGUUGUAGAUACUAGCUUUUUGAUAUCCAUCAGCGUAGACUUGACUCGAGACUUGACGACAUUAUUGCCCAAUCCAAGGAGAGUACCUGAUACUGGGGAAUUGGGUACUCACAUGGCUAUAUCAAUACAUCAACGUUAUUGCUCACAACACCUUCUCCCACGACUACUUUACACAGAGUUCUGACAAUAUACAGCCACAACACAACCCAG